AUACAUCAGAAUUAAUGUCCUGAUCGUUCUUCAACGACAUUCUCUUCCUGCUGCUUCCACACAGACGGUGUGCAGAUUUGGUCCGUGUGCCACGCAAGGGUACAAGUCGGAGCUAAACUUUCCAAGAGGUCCCGAGUGCUGAAAUUUCAAAGGUUACUACCGCCUCCGCAACGCCAGCGCCUGUGUGAGUGUGACCAGUAUGCAAGUGUCCUCCGCUUCGCCGUUGUCCCACAUCCGCAGCCUGUACGAGUACGUGUGGUCCUUGCGCGACCCAAGGAUCAAGGAGUGGAGCCUCCACCGUGAUGCGCGGUUCAUUUUUCCAGUGCUCAUCUGUUACGUGUACGUAGCCAAGAUCGCUGGUCCCCGCUGGAUGAAGAAUCGCGAGCCUUUCAAGUUACGAGGAGCUAUCCUGACCUACAACUUCGCGACCGUCGUCGCGAACGCCUACUUCUGCAUCCAGUACCUGCGACACUCCUAUCUGCAGGGCGGCUACAGCCUCUUCUGCCAGGGCAUCGACUACGAGUCCAGUUUCGACGAGCACACGACGGCCAUCGUAAACUUGCACUCGUGGUACUCCUGGGUCCGAAUCGCCGACUUCCUGGACACGUUCUUCUUUCUGGCCCGAAAGAAAAACUCCCAGGUGACCUGCCUUCACGUCCUCCACCACUUCCUGGUAGUGAUGAACAUGUGGAUCUUUACAAACUUCGGCAGCGACGGCCAAACACUGCUGGGACUUUGCGUCAACUCGUUCGUCCACGUCAUCAUGUACUCGUACUACUUCCUCGCCGCCCUGGGACCUUCGAUGCAGAAGUACCUGUGGUGGAAGCGCUACCUCACCGAGCUGCAGAUCGUGCAGUUCGUCGGCCUCAUGCUGCACAUGGCCAUCACGCUGUUCCACGACUGCGGCUAUCCGCGGGCGCUCGCGAUCUUAUCAUUAGCACAAGGAUUUCUCGGGCUUGGACUUUUCAUUAACUUUUACGUGAAGACGUACCCCGAGGCGGCGAAACAGAAAGCGGUGUGAAGUGCUCAGCGAAAACUAAAGUCCAAUCACUGCCCUUCAAGAAAAGCCUGGUUGCUUCGACAUUCAAGCGUGAACACUACUCGCGUUACAACCAAGAAAACCAGUCUUUGAA